GCCGGUCGAUUAUUUACGCAUACAAGUAAGUGAGGAAAGGUAAAUAUUUAAGAAAAUACAAUGGGUGAUUUAGUGGACGAAGAUCUUGAAUUUCGUGGCGGCACUCUCCAAUUGUCGUCGGAAAAUGCUAGCGCAGAACCUCGGGUUACUCAACCAGCAAAAUCAAGUACAAAUACAACAAAUACACAAGUGAAUCCUUCGGUGUUAUCUGGUGCAGAUUCUCUGACCUCAUCAUCUUCGUCAUUUGCAGAUGCCAGAGCAGAUACUCAAACGAAUGCUCAGCAAGAGGCUGAUCCAGUCCAAACUGUUUACCCUCGGUAUGAUGUUCCAUUCAACAGUGAAAACAUUAAAGACUUCUUUACAUUCCGCAAAGGUGUAGUUGAGAAUGCCAUUCAAGAGUGCAUCACGGGACUAUUAUUUCCUGAAGAUGGUGAAUAUUUAGGUUCCUGGUUAUUGACAGAGAUUACACUUUGGGAUAAUGAAAAAGAAAGAAUCGUUCUCUUAACCUCGAGAUUAGUUAUGACUAUAAAAUACGAUUUCAUAGCGAUGAAACAGUUGGACUUCAAAAAGACGUAUUUAGACGAUUUGGACACAAUUGUUAUCGGUGAACUAGUUUAUCCACCGUCUUCAUUAGUACCACGUCUUAACGGUAUAGCAACGGGCGUGACGACAGUCGUCAAAGAUUGCGUCAUAGAUCGCCUGUGCAGGCGGCCAAGUUCCACCGACGAAACUAAACUGUUCGAUUACAAGUAUUUUGAACCUAGGGAACGAAACCUUCGUGGGGUGCGCUUGAUGUGGAACAAAGGUGAACCUGUGCCGAUGAAGACUGUUUGGAACCCUUUUAGUCAAGAUGUACCGUUCCUGACCUUCGCGUCUCACCCCAUCUAUUGGCACAAGGAUGGCGGCAUAGAAGAAAGAUCUACUUUUGAUAUGGAACUAUUUGCUCAAAAAUUGCAAAGGGCUGUCGAGAAUAUGACAUCCCCGUGUUGCAUACACCACUCUCCGAUCGUCAUACAAAGCUAUGUCGGUCUCACGUCUCUACUUCACAACAAAACGAGCAUGGGAUUCUUCAAGGUCAGGGGAAAAUUUAGUUUCUAAUUAUAUUCAAUAAUUUAUUAUCUGUAUUCCAUAAAGUUUCACAUUUUACAUAGAAAUAAGGUUAUUAAAAAAAGUUAAGAUUAUAAUGGCUCGUGUAAACCCAAAAUUAAGUAAUUAAUACUUUAAUUUAAACAGCGUUAAAAUAUAUUGGGCAGGUUCUCGUAUAAUUUAUUUCAGAUUUAAAAUAAGCUUUUUUGUUUGUGGCAACAUUUUAUUAUUAUUAAUUAUUAAUUAUUGGGUCAACAAACCAAUGUCGAAAUUAUUCAUAGUAUAUAUAUAUAUAUAAAGUUUGGUGCAGACGUGAUGGAACUUAGAAAUUUAGAUGUGUUUACUUAGAAAAUCAAGUUUUGAAUUAAUAUAUGCUCCAGCCGGCUCUCAAUAAAGGAAUUAAUUUUAUAUAAAAUUGCCUUUAAAGGUAUGUUCUGAACGACAAAGAUUAUAUUUCGUAAAAUAUUUUAAUGGACUGUAAUCGUCCAUUUUAUUAAUAACAAUUCAUUUCUAUACUAUAUUUACCUGAUCUAUUUCGCCAAGGCGUUUGUUCUGAACGACUAGGUAUAAUAAUAUUUAAGUGAGCUAUCAUGUGCGCUCGCUAUUCCAGUGCUAAGUGGAUAGUGUUUAUGUUUACAUUCCGGUGAAUCGGAAAGCACGUAAAUAUGUCCUGCUCCAUAGGUACCUCUGGCCGUUUCGAAGUCGUCGACCAUUUCAUGAGUUGCCUUGACUCCAUUAAUAACAGCUGGUUUCAGUCGGUCAGGAAGACAUUAUCAAUAAAUAUUAUGAAUAUUUUCUGCUAUCGAUCACCUUGCUCAAAUACCUAACAGAAAAUAAUGCUAUCAAAAUUUGCUUCGUUUCGUUUCUAGAACUCUCCUUAAAAAGGAACGUAAUUUUAAACAUUCAUAACACAAAUAGAAGAUAUAUAUUUUAUAUAUAUUCAACGGCAAAUUUAUUAUAUUACAUAUAAUUUUACAUAAUAAAGAUAUAACAUUUAAGUACAAUAUAUAUACAAUUCCCUAUUACCAUUGGAAUAAAUUAAAAUAUUUUUUGUGUGUAGUAUGAUAGUAUGUAAUGUUUUACGAUAUUCAUGUUUUGUGUAUUUAAAUUGUUGUUUAAAUUGUGGAGUAUUUAAUGUUACGAGAACAUUGUUGUAAUUGAAUAAAUACUAUUUAUUUCAUCAUUUAUAUAAUCCUAAUCCAUGUCACAAUCACUGACAUGACAUAUUUUAUUGUUUAAAAUGCAUUUACAUAUAAUGGAAGUAACUAAAAUUUUAGUUAUAUAAUAAAUAUUUACUAGCUGAUAGUGUAAUUCAUUGUUAAUGUAUUUUCGGUGAUAUUGAUUCGGCGCCACACAUUCGCGUAUAUCCCGAUUAUUCGCGUAUUGUUCGUGAUAUUGGCGAAUAAAACGCGUUUACACUUAGAAAUCAUCAAUGAAAUCUACUUGGGCUCGAUAAAGUGCUUUAAAAUUUAAUUUUAAGUUUUUUUUUAUUACUAUAUUUAUGUGUCUGUGUGUGAAUUGAAUUCCAAUUAACAAAUCGAUUCCAAAUCGACAAAAUUAUAAAUAAUUUCGUAUAAGAUAUUGAUUUAUGUAUGUUAUUUAGAAAUGUUCCUACACACAUCACUGUAUACUAAUAUAUAAACAAGGUAGUAUAACGGUUUUCAUGAAAAUUAAUACAUUAUCUCCUAAGUGCCUACAGUGACACUUACAAAUAGUAUAAAAAGUUUCCGAUUGACGUCAGGAUAUUGAUACGUAGGAGUUUAAAGAAAGCCUACCAUAGAUAACAAUGAUCUUUAAUUUAACUCAUGUGUGGCGUCGAUCUUACUUGGAAGUAAAAUAUUGUUUAGACUUUUAUAAUAGUAAAUAGGUCGUAAGUAUUAAAUUAUAUACAUAAUGUUAAUACAUAUUUCUUGUUAAAAUUAAUUAUGAAAGGGUUCUUUCAUUGAUUGUGAUAUUUAUUAUUUAUUUAUUACAUGAUCUUACGAAUGUAUAUAAGAGAAUGUAUAUUGAACUAUAUGUUGUAGUAAAUUUUGAAUUAAAAUGUUUUAAUUUUGGGUACAAUAUAUUUUAUUUAUAGAUAAACAAAAUAUAGCAAAAAAUAAACAAUAAAAAGUAUUUUCUUAAUUUAUAAUAUAAUUACAUCCGACGUACCUCGGAAAGUUUAUGUAAAAUAUGCUGAUUAUAUAUUUCUGUUAAUAUUUUACACUUAUAUAUAUAUAUAUCUAUGAAUAUGUAUUGUUUUAUAUUCUGGCAAUAGACGAUAGAAUAAGUUACUUAAAUACCAACAAUAUCAAAUGAAA